GGAUGUAGCUAAGUGGCCAACAGGCUAUGCAGGGAAAUGAUGUCCGAAUUCCAAGUCGGAAACUCAGGCAAGAUUCGUCUAGCCCAAGUUAGCCGACAUAAACACACCCGACAUCACAGCAUAUUUGCAGACAGGAACAUGAAUCUGUUUCUGGAUGAAGGCAGAACACAACUACUUAACAAGCCCUCUACCAGGCAUCGUCUGACCCUACCUCCUACUACCUUGAUGGUCAGGGUCCAAAUACAUGUACUUGGGUUGGAGGCUGGCAACAUGAAUGAAGAAGCAGGAUACGCAGAACAGGGAGACGACGAGAUGCCCUGUACAAGUGCAGCCAGUGCACCGCUACCCCCGCAACAGCGGUGCAGUUUUAACAGAGAGCAAACUCUCUUUCUCAUUGAUCUAAUGAGGCAGAAGCUGGAAGCAGAGGGAGGUGCUGUAAAAGUUGGAGGACCACAGCAUCCUGGCAUCAUGCACCUUCCCUGGUGGUCCUACAAAGAUCCCCUGGAAUCUUCUUCUCUCAUCAACUAUCCCCUGUGGGAGGACAGAAUAGAAACCCUUCCUGUUCAGGUAAUCACCGCCUCUGAUGAUGGGCCUUUGGAUCUUGACAUAACAGCCAUCAAUUGCACCUAUGAUGCCAUUAAUGCAACAGACCCUGGUAAAAGCUGCAGCAGAUGCUCUCUUCUCACAGUGAUUGGGCCAGGCGAUGGAAGAGGACGUGAGUGAGCAGAGUGUUUUUUAAAACCCAUUUCUAUGUGUCAUUUUCCAACCGACUACUUGUAAGAAGAACUUCUCACUUUUCAAACCUCCUGAGUAGUAUGCAGAGUAAAAUACUUUGAGACAUUUUUUUUAAAAACUCAUAGAACAAGAGACAGGGAAGAGAAAAGUAUGUUUGAAAGAUGCUGCUUAAUCAGAAGCACACUGCUUGAAGGAAGGAGUAGAGGGAUGUCUAACAGCACAGGCUUGUGUUGCAAGGGUUGUCUACACUUCCUUCCUCCUGGAUGAUCUGAGCUGUAAUGACUUUGGACUCUGCACUGAGUUGUAACACUGAAUAAUGAGGUGAGAAAUUAAGUCAGGGUUGAGGGGUAAGUGUUGACAUUGUUGACAUUUCAUGUCAGUGAGUUCACAAACACCAAAGACACCACUUAGAGCCUUGUGACUCUUGAUGUAUCAGAGAUUUGGUGCUUACACAAACAUGUGGAAGCUGAUUCUGGGCUUCAGUCUCUGUCAGGUUUGUAUUAUAUGUAUAUAUACAACCUUCAAACCCACAUAGAAGUUUAUUGGAAAAUGGUGGUUUCAUACAAAAUGUACAUAUAAGGUUAUCACAAAAAAAUGUGUAAUUAUUAAUUCAUGUUGUCAAUUUAUUUAGAUUAUUCAAUUAACUGUUUCGCUAUAAGAUGAACAAUGCCUAUCACAAGCUUCCAGAGCCCAGGGUAAUGUCUUCAAAUGGCUUGUUUUGUCUGAUAAACAGUCCAAAACCCAGAGAGAUUCAGUUUACUAUCAUGUUAGACAAGGAAAAGCAGCAAAUCCUCAUUUUUGAGAAGUUGAAACAAUGAAAUGUUUGCCAUUUUUGGACAAAUGAUUAACCAAAUAAUUACACUUUUUCAAAUAAUUGAUAAUCAACUGAUUGCCUCAGCACUGUUUAAAUUAGGAAAUAUAACAUACUGUAGUAAUAAUGAAUUACCCAUGCUAUAUUUUGCUGUGGUAAUUGACCAUCAAUGUGGAAAAAAUAUGAUGGCUACAAACAUGAAAAAUUAAUUACCAAAUAAAACAUCAGAAAUGCCAUGUAUAAACACUGAUUUUGACCCCAAAUUUCCCUGAGUGCCCUUCCACAAUAUUUCCUGAAAAACAGUCUGCUCUCCAUGAGAUAAUGUUAUUAUCACUGCAUCCCUUAGUAAAAAGUUGUUUAUUCCGUUAAUUACCAUUCCUUUUUUAUGCUGCACUAUAGCCGUGGGGGCUAUCUGGCACAUGCAGCCGAGCAGAGCCUGUAAAACCCCUUCUGGAAGAUUCAUAAAAGUAUAAACCAUAGGCAACUCCUCCUGAGGGCCUCUUUAUGGGUCUGUGUCUUUCAGGAAGUGUUAAAAUGUAAAUUAUGGAGGAUUUUACACUUCUCAGUGACAGCCUGGGGAACAGUGACAGGCAGACCCAGGGUGGAUCCCUAUCUUGGCAACAGUUUCCAAUAAUCUAUUUCUGCAAUUGCCAAUGGCCAGGAUAUACCUAAGGUAUGGUAACAUAAAAGCCACAGGACUGCAAUAAAAGAGGCACACCUUUUCAAGUAUAAGUCACUGUAUGAAGAUAGAAAACAAAACUAAUUUAGUCUCUGGAGAGUUUACAAAGCCUCUGUGGGAGAAGAUGCUCAUUUUUUAUAUCUUUGCAAUGGCAGCUCCAUAAUCUCACAAGUACAUUUAUAGGCUUUAACAAAGCCAUAACACUCAGUUAGAUUGCCUGGCUUGUCAAUGAGUAGAAUGACUGACUUAGUUUAGAAAGUGCUUUUCACUGAACAGUUGUGAUGUUGGUGAGUGAAAAUUAAAGUCCCCCCAGAGAUGCAGAACCAGUUAUCAGUGGGGAAAAAAAGCAAUCAGCCAGCUGCUCUCACACUGUAAAUGAGGGAAAUCGUUAAAGUAAAAUGUCUCAUGUAUCUAUCUAAAGGACUAAGACCAGGUGUUCCCAGCUACUGUAUGUUUCUGGGUGCUACACUAACUAAGAAAAACAAACAUGUAUAACAACAAAACAUACAUAAAUAUUACAUUUACAUUUUUCUAUAGGACAUGCCACUAAAUCUUUUUUUUUGUUUUUAGGGAUGAAUUCAUGUAAUACAUGUAUGUUCAUGUAUUUUAGAAGAAAAAUAUUGUGCAUUUCACUUUAUACGAUAUAGGCUAAUGUGUGUUUAUUUUAGUUGACAUAUUUUGUGUUAUUUUCAAACUUAUAAAUGUGCCUUUUUGCAUAAUAAACUGUCGCCAUGGGCUAAGUUCUUGAAAACCUCACUGCAUGAGUAG